UAUCACACGUAUCUGUGGGUCCAUCCGAAGGGUUUUUCUUCUUCUUCUUUCACAGCGUCGUGAAGCUUCUUCUUCCCCAGAUCAUCUUCUUCCACUCUCUGAAACAUACACUCCCAUCUCAUUUUAUUCUUAAGAGAGCAAAACUCUGAAAAUUUUGAGAGAGAAUUGUAAACAAAUCAAAUGCAGAAAUCAACCAUUAUCUUGUUAACAUUAUGUUUAUUUUGCGCGCAUACUAAUGCAUUGUACAGCGCUUCAUCACCCGUUCUUCAGCUCACUCCCUCCAAUUUCAAGUCUAAGGUUUUGAAUGCAAAUGGGGUUGUUUUAGUGGAGUUUUAUGCGCCAUGGUGUGGUCACUGUAAAGCUUUAACUCCGAUAUGGGAAAAGGCGGCCGGUGUCUUGAAAGGCGUGGCGACGGUAGCAGCACUUGAUGCUGAUGCCCACCAAUCUUUGGCUCAGGAAUAUGGCAUCAAAGGAUUCCCAACGAUAAAGGUAUUUGUACCUGGAAAGGGUCCUGUUGAUUACAUGGGAGCAAGGGAUGUCAAACCUAUUGCAGAAUUUGCUCUCCAACAGGUAAAGGCACUUUUGAAGGAUCGUUUGAAUGGAAAAGCAGGAGGAUCAAGUGAGAAGAAGUCUGAGCCUAGUGCAUCAGUUGAACUGAACUCACGUAACUUUGAUGAAUUAGUGCUAAAAAGCAAAGAUCUUUGGGUUGUUGAGUUCUUUGCACCUUGGUGUGGUCAUUGCAAAAAACUAGCCCCAGAAUGGAAGAAAGCAGCAAGUAACUUGAAGGGUAAAGUUAAGCUUGGUCAUGUCAACUGUGAUGAAGAUAAGUCUUUGAUGAGCAGGUUCAAAGUGCAAGGAUUCCCAACCAUCUUAGUGUUUGGUGCUGACAAAGACAGCCCAUUCCCGUACGAAGGUGCACGAACUGCUUCUGGAAUUGAGUCAUUUGCUCUUGAACAGUUGGAAACAAAUACAGCUCCUCCUGAGGUUAUUGAGCUGACUAGCCCGGAUGUCAUGGAAGAGAAGUGUGGUACUGCUGCCAUAUGCUUUGUUUCUUUCCUACCAGACAUCUUGGACUCCAAGGCUGAGGGAAGGAACAAGUACUUAGAGAUGCUGCUAGCAGUAGCAGAGAAAUUCAAAAGAAGUCCUUACAGCUUUGUCUGGGCGGCUGCAGGUAAACAGCCAGAUCUUGAGAAAAAUGUCGGUGUUGGUGGGUAUGGCUAUCCCGCUAUGGUGGCUCUAAAUGCCAAGAAAGGGGCCUAUGCUCCACUUAAGACUGCAUUUGAGCUUGAUCAUAUAGUGGAAUUUGUAAAGGAAGCAGGGCGUGGUGGAAAGGGUAAUCUCCCAAUGAGUAGCACUCCUAAGAUUGAGAAUGUUGAACCUUGGGAUGGUAAAGAUGGUGAAGUGAUCGAAGAGGAUGAGUUCUCUCUUGACGAACUCAUGAAAGAUGACCUGUGAACUGUUUAAAUUUAUAGAAUAGGAUACUCACUUUGGCCUAAGAGAGAUUUUUUUUUUUUUUUUUCAUUUCUCCUCUAAAAUUAGCAUUUUGGCCAGCCACAUUAACGUUGUAUUUUAUGGAGAACCCCAUGUACUGUCAAAGGGAUGUCUAAUGACUUCCUGAGUUUUAUAUAAUGCUCCAUUUGAUGGUGUAUUGGCGAAUGGAAAUGAAUUGAUCUACAGUUUAUAUCAACCAGCUUUAUUUA